GGAUCGUCUCUCCGGCGACUGGCGAUGACGUCAUCACAAACGGACAUUGUUGUCAUCCCUGAAAUGUGGGAAGCGUUUGUCUUUUUAUCCGGUUCGUUUUAAACACAUUCGUCGUACUUUAACCACCGAGACUCGAAAUGGCUGACUACUGGAAGUCACAACCAAGGAAAUUCUGCCAGUACUGCAAGUGCUGGAUCGCGGACAACAAGCCUAGCGUCGAGUUCCACGAAAGAGGGAAGAAUCACAAGGAAAAUGUGGCUUUAAAAAUCUCUGAGAUUAAAAAGAAGAGCAUCGACAAGGCCAAGCAGGAGGCACGUAUGUCAAAGGAGUUCGCGGCAAUGGAGGAGGCUGCGCUGAAAGCAUAUGAGGAAGAUCUGAAGAGGAUGGACAGGGAGUCCGCAGGAUUGCCGGCCGAAAUAACUAUAAAGCCACAGGCGAAACCUCAGGUGAGAAAUUGUGUGAAACCUCAGGGGAGCAAGAAAAAACUGAAAAAGCAAGAGAAAGCGAGAAAGUUCAAAGGCCAAAUGGAGGGACAGGUUUGGGUUGAAGGACAGACGGGAGAUGGACACACGUACUAUUACAACACAAUAACUGAAGAAUCUAAAUGGGAAAAACCAGAAGGUUUCCAUGGACAAAACCCAGCCUCUGCACAGCCUGGACAGACAGAGACCUCUUCAGGCUGGCGUUGGAUAGAAGCUGUCAGUCCUGAUGGUCAUACAUAUUACUACAACUCAGAGACUGGAGAAACCAGCUGGGAGAACCCAGCAGGCUUCCCUUCAAUUGUACCACCUGGAACUGAGUCCAACCUAAAGGUAGAGAGUCAGGAGAAGCCUUCAACCCCGCACCCAGGAGGAGAGGAGGGGUCCAGCGGGGCCCCGGUAUCUCGGGAGGCUGAAGUCCCUGAACAAGAAAGCCAGCAGUCCAAAGCUCCAAAGAUCAGCUUCAGGAAAAGGAAAACAGAAGCCGAGCCAUCAGAAAAGGAGGGAGAAGAUAAAGUGAGUGAUGAUGCUCCUAAAGUGGAGGCUGAAGAGAUAAAGAAAGAGAAAGAGAAAGCGGUCCAAAGCACGACGGCUGAACCUGAAGAGAAGAAAAAGAUUGAGGCGGCACCAGCGAGGAAACAAGUCAAAAGGCCCAAAACUGCCAAUCCAUAUGGCACCUGGGAAAAGAUCCAGGAGGAGGAGGAUCCAUAUGCCAAGGUGGACUUACAGUUGCCGAAGGUUGAGGGAUACAUCGUCAGCGCCAGUGCUCCAGCAGAGCGGCCGCCGGAGCCUAAACCGAAGUUCAGGGAACGCAUCAUCACAUCCCUCGGAGGGGAAGGCGGACCUGCUUCGUUCAGGAAAAACAAGACACAGAACGGCAAAUCCAGGAGCCUCCGACAACGAGACGACGACGACGACGACUGACCCAAAUACAUAAAAACUUCAUGCAGCAGAAUACUUUUACACAAAUAAAACUCUUUCCAGCAACUUUUUUUUUUAAUGUUCAAGCAUAUUAAAUUUAGAUGUAAAUGUGUUUUUAUUUUCUUUACAUAAGAUGCACACGUUUUUUUUUCACAAAUAUGCCGACCAAAGGACACAACCAACAGUCUUUGUACUAUGAUCUGUCAUAACGAAGGUGUGCAACACUUUUCUAGUCUUAUUUCACGUGUACAAUAGUCAUUUCAUCCCGUUUUAUUUACAGCAAUUCUAAUAACUUUUUGUAUUUUAAACUCAAAGCAGCAAGAUCAAAGAUGGGAACGCGUGAUCUCAAUAAAUGACGACUGUCCAGA